UAAUAACUUCUCAACUUCUCUGCAUUUCCAUUUCUCUACUUCUUGUUGCUGCUAUUGUUCUUCUCUGUAUUCAAAGUGGAAGAUGGCUACACUGACUGUACCCCCCGUUGCUCCUUCCCCAAGAGAUGAUGCCAUGCAACUUUACCGUGCUUUCAAAGGACUUGGGUGUGACAAUAGUGCUGUGAUCAAUAUUCUUGCUCACAGAGACGCUACUCAGCGCGCCUACAUUCAGCAAGAAUACAAAACAACAUAUUCUGAGGAGCUUUCCAAGCGUCUAGCUUCGGAGCUUAGAGGAAAGUUAGAGACUGCAGUUCUGCUUUGGAUGCAUGACCCUGCAGCGCGUGACGCAACGAUCAUUAGACAAUGUCUAGCCGCCGACAUGAACAUCCUAGGUGCUACUGAAGUGAUAUGUUCACGCACUCCAUCACAGCUCCAAUAUUUAAAACAGAUAUACCAUUCUAAGUUUGGAGUUCACCUUGAGCAAGAUAUUGAAGCAGCCACCACUGGGAAUCAUAAAAAGAUCUUGCUUGCUUAUGUUGGCACACCUCGUCAUGAAGGCCUUGAGGUCAAUAUAGAAAUUGCUCAGAAAGAUGCAAAGACUCUCUACAAAGCAGGGGAGAAGAAACUAGGAACUGAUGAGAAGGCUUUUAUCCACAUUUUCAGUGAGCGGAGCGGGCCACAUUUGGCUGCAAUCAGUUCUUAUUACCACGACGUCUACGGUCACAAGCUGAAGAAGGCAAUAAAGAAUGAAACAUCAGGGAAUUUUGCUCAUGCACUUUUGACAAUAAUCCAAUGUGCUGUUAAUCCAGCAAAAUAUUUCGCAAAGGUAGGGAACAAUUAUGAAAGGUUUAGUAUUUUUCUGAAACCGGUCCGGCCUCUCAGACUGCUUUGCACACCUCUGCUUCCCGUCCACCGGCCUCCGUUGACUCCUCUCAGCAGCGCCCCACCUACCGCAGCGAUCAGGGCCACUCCAACCAUCGUUAUGGGUCAGGGCAAAAUCGCAAUUAUCAGGGUGGUUCUGGUAAACCUAGGAAGAAAGGUGGCUCCCGUUAUCCUGGAUCACCUGGCUCCUCUGGUUCCUCCGCUGCAUCUCCUCCACCCUGGCGCCCACCACCGCAGGCAUCCUGGAAUCCAUGGGGUUGGGAUCCUCCCCCUGGUUGGGCUCCUUCCCCUUGGGGCAUGCCUCCUUGUCCUUACCCCACAUCUCAGUGGUCGCGUCCCAUGGGUGUUCCGCAGCAACCCGGCGUUUUAGGU